GGGCUUGGGAUCAUUGUUGCGCCCCAGGUGGGAUGGUGCAGCCUGGAUUUUGAGCUUCAGGGUGUGUAUAUGGUCCUCACAGCCCUCAUUCAGGAUAGUGUGUGGUCUCUUCGAUUGUCUGGCUGCUGGGCUUGGCUCACCUGAGAGCUUCGUAACGUAACCGCUUGUGAGGUCUAGAGGUAGCAACCAGAAGCCAGCCGGAAGCCAGUGACAUGCGGAGAAUCAGUUUCAAGGGGUUCAGUUGUGCGGCUGAAUUCGUAGUGAGAAUUUGAGAGUUUUCUGAGGUUUUGUCUGCGUGCAUGCGCGUGUCUGCCACAUUUGUCUUCGUCUUGACAUUCCGAUAGUGAGGGCAACAGUGAUUUGCAGUGGGUUUCUGAUUUUUCGUAUAAUGUGGCAGUGAGAUCGCUCUGCUGUGGCAUGCGGAGGCGGGCAUACUUGUGAGAGACGCCGAUGAGGCGGAGCUUCGUCGGGAAGUUUGUACGUAGUUGGAAGGUUUGUCCGUCAGUGAGUUGUGGUCACCAUUCCCGGGAUCAAAGCUCGACGCAGUCCGCCUUUGGUUUCGCGAUCUGAUCGAAGAUCACGACGGCGAAAAACUCUCUAGCACCAGGUACCCGUCAUGUGGGUAUAAUUGUGAGAUAUCUUCUAUUAAUUCUAGUGGCGAAAUUUGACAGACCGCGACCGCACCGACCAUGGCAUGUGAAGGCGGCAUGCGAGCUCUUCGUUCGCGGGCGUUUCCUUUCGCAGCAGGAAUUACAUCAUCUUUCCCGGACAAUGUGAGGCAAACGAGAGCAGUGUCGAAGCGAUCGGCUACCGAUGACGCCAAUGACAUUGUCCUGCAACCCAGGAAGAGGGCUGUACAGCGGAACGGGAAACACGGUCCUCUUACCGACAUUUCGAAACAGGCCAAUGCUGCUUCAUCUCCCUGCUUCGUGAUGGACCGAAUUGACUCCACCAAGGGUCAAGUCUUGAAAUACAGUCAAGUUGUCGUGGGAGAUGAAAACACUUACUCUCUCGGCAGCGGACAGCUGUGUGUGAUGAGAAGCGAUACGAACGCAGUGAAAAUUGAGCUGCAAGAAGCUUCAUUGGAAUUCCGACCUCUAGACGCCGAAUUAGAGUCCGGCCCAGAGUCGGAGAACAGUUCAUCAGCGAUAGGAUCUGUGGAAAGACGGACUGCGCGUAACCACUUUUUAUCCAAUGUACCUGAUGCCCGAGGGGAACGAGACGGCCUGUUCGAUGACGAAAGCUUCUUAAGAAAAUCAUCUUCGUUGAGCGGAUUGGCCUGUGUAGACAUCGACACUGAUCUUUUAGAUCCCAAAAUGUGUAGCUCGUAUGCCGCAGACAUUUACACGCACCUACGCAUGGCUGAGAUCAAACGAAGGCCAACUACAGACUUCAUGGAAGUCAUGCAAAAGGACAUCAACCCAAGCAUGAGGGGAAUUCUUGUUGAUUGGCUUGUCGAUGUAGCUGAAGAGUAUAUGUUAAUGCCAGACACGCUUUACUUGGCGGUAUCAUAUAUCGACAGGUUUCUUUCCUUUAAUACCGUCACACGUCAACGGCUCCAGCUUCUAGGGGUAUCUUGUAUGCUCAUUGCUGCAAAGUAUGAAGAAAUUUGUGCUCCGCAUGUUGAGCAGUUUUGCUAUAUUACGGACUACACUUAUCAGCGUGAAGAGGUUCUAGAGAUGGAAAGGAAAGUACUAAUAGAGUUGAAGUUUGAGCUAACGACGCCCACAACAAAAAGCUUCUUGAGGCGAUUCAUUCGAGCUGCUCAAACAAAUUGCAAAGCCUCAACUCUAGUCCUGGAGUCCCUCGGAAACUUUCUCGCCGAGCUUACGCUAACGGAGUACAGCUUUCUAGGAUUUCUCCCGUCUAUGGUAGCUGCAUCAGCUGUCUAUGUGGCCAAGCUUACUCUCGACCCGUCGACAUGUCCGUGGGAUGCGACCCUGCAACAUUACACUGGCUACAGGGCAUCUGAGCUUGAAAAGUGUGUAAGGAUUAUUCAUGAUUUGCAGCGGAACACUAAGAAUUGUACACUUCCUGCUAUUCGAGAGAAGUAUAGACAUCAUAAGUUCAAGUGCGUGGCAACUUUGACGCCGCCACUAGUUUUGACCCCUGAGUUUUUCAAAGAUGCCUGAUGUUGUCGACCAAUGAGGCUUCCGUAAUGCUACGAAUCACCCCAACCGCAAGUUGCAUGCCCUGUUAAAGUUGAAGCGUGUGUAAUGACUGGCACCAAAUGACUGAUUUGGGGUGACUAGGGAUCGCCGAUUAACCAAGGACCGUGGGGAAAAGAAGGUUUUGAGGUUAGGCAAUGAAAGGACUUGUGCAGAGGUCCUGAAGCUGAUUAGAGUAGGUUUUCACUGGUAUUCUUCAAGGGUCUGUAUUGUACAUACGGUGUAACAUACUGUCAGAUGCCUUUGCCUGGCGCAUGAUUCCCUCCGGAGUAGGUGUAACAUUCACUAAGCACAAAUUUAUGCUGUCCGAAUGCGUGUUAAGUAAAGAUCAACUGCGUGCCAUCUUAGGUGAUGACGGCUCAAUGUGAUCACUAGCUUCGCAGAUGUAAGAGACAGGAAUUCGUCUUUAGAAACUACAUGUAUUGUGCUCACUCUGAAGAAUGAGGUUUUCAGGGAAAGUGUGCGUUGGUUUGCUCACUACCCCUUAGUAUUCAGAAUGACACUAAGCAUCUCUUUCAGAACUUAUUCGUAGAGCAGAAAAGUUACUAAUACGCUGUCUGACACUCAAGUUGAAUUGCCAGCUUCUCCAACGACUGUGCCGUCGGAAGGAUGGAAUUUUUCGUAUAAAUAGUAAUUUGACAUUUCCAAAA